AUGUCUCUGAUCCUCCUUCGGUCAUACCGACAUCACGCCAAGGUAUGGACUAGACCUUCGAGCAAAUCGUCAUUUAUACGCUCACUAGCAAGCAGAUCCAAUCCAACAUCUUCGUUUGAACAUGUCAGGCGAGUAUUUGAUGAUGAUAAGUACUAUCAAGAUUUCAAUAAUGGCACCUUAUCAAGGAAGAUAUUCUCGGGUCCCAGAACUGGUUUGUUCAAAAAUGAAAAGCUAACUACACCACAAGGCCUCAUAGACUUUUCCGGACAGUGUUUGACCGAAGCACAAACUCUUGUUGAUACAAUGAUAAGAGAGGCAGAGACCAGCGACCAGGGAAAGAUACAUUACAUUCGAAGAUUGGACCAGCUCAGCGAUAUAUUAUGUCGGGUUAUUGAUGUUGCUGAAUUCAUUAGGGUGGCCCAUCCAAACCUGAAAUGGACACAUGCUGCGCAGCAAACCCAUGAAUUGAUGUUUGAGUACAUGAACCAACUUAACACGAAUGUUCAGCUUCAUACGAUUUUAGGGAACAUUCUCGCCGAUAAGUCUAUCACGAGUAAACUCAGCAGCGAGGAAAUCAUGGUGGGUGAAUACUUGAAGCAAGAUUUUGAACGUUCAGGUAUUUAUAUGGAGCCACACACAAGAGAGAACUUUGUGGCUUUGACCCAAGAAAUAUCUGUGUUGGGUUCUCACUUCAAUAAUGGCAUACACGAACUAAAAGACUAUUGGUGUGAAAUCUCCCAACAAGAAUACGAAGCUAUUGACAAUGCUGACCUUAAACGUGAAAUACGCCGGUUUCAACAAAAAUCACCAAGACUGUCUCGCAACUCGGUUUACAUUCCUCUUGCCGGUUCCCUUCCGUACUCGAUUCUUCAGCGAUGUUCCAUGGAAUCGGUAAGGCGAAAGGUGUGGAUUGCGUUGCAUAAUGCCUCUGAAGAACAAAUCUCGACCUUGAAUUUGUUUUUAAAGUAUAGAGCCACCCUCUCAAAAAUGCUAGGGUAUGAAUCUUUUGCACAUUAUCAACUAGAGCACAAAAUGGCAAAGAAUCCUGAGAACGUUUUGACGUUUUUAGAAAACUUGCAAAGAAAAAUGGUGGAUGGUGAAAACAGUGGAUUGAUCUCAGAGCUCGAGUCGUUGUACGCCAUGAGCAACCACUGGAAACCAGGUGCUUCUAAAAGCGACAUCAUUCACGCAAUCCAACCUUGGGAUCGGGAUUAUUUAUUACACAAACUACAGGAAGAGAAGAAAGAGACUCAACUCGACGAUAAUAUUUCUGAGUAUCUUUCGGUAGGAACUAUUAUGAGCGGAUUGUCUCAGCUCUUCCAUAGCAUCUACAGCAUAGAGCUUUUGCCUGAACCAUCGGCUUCUGGCGAGACAUGGGCAUCCCAAGUGCGUAAAAUCAAGGUAUUUGAUAAUGAGACACAAUCGACUUUGGGAUUCUUAUACCUUGAUUUCUGGCUGCCUAACGUUCUACCAUCUCAUUUUACCAUUGUGUGCCUGCGUCAACUUAAUAAAGAUCUUGGGGAAAAGGUCGAAGUCAUGAAACCGUUAGUGCAGUUGGAUGAAACAGAAAGUCACCAAUUACCAGUUAUCUCAUUGGUUUGCAAUUUCCACCAAGGAAACUCAUUUAUAGGCAGAUUUGCAGGCUUGGAAACCUCAAAGCCAACAUUAUUAACAUUGGAUCAAGUUGACACAAUAUUUCAUGAAAUGGGACAUGCAAUGCAUUCGAUGAUUGGACGAACAAAACUUCAAAAUUUGUCAGGAACUCGAUGUCUGACAGACUUCGUUGAGCUUCCUUCAGUAUUGAUGGAGUCUUUCAGCAAAGAUCCGCGUGUGCUUGGCCGCAUUGCUCGUCACUACAGUACUAACGAAUUAUUACCACAUGAUAUUCUUGCCAAGCACCAACAUUAUAGAAACGUGUUGGAGAAUAGCGAGACUUACAUGCAAUCGAAAAUGGCAAUGUUAGAUCAGGUUUUACACGGGAAGAGUAUUGUUAAGCAAUUGGAAAUGGCUCGUGAUGAUAUUGAUUCUACCACCAUGUAUCACUCACUUGAAAAAGAAUUGAAGGUGUUCUCAGAUCAAUGGUCCACUUGGCAUGGUAAAUUCCCCCACUUGUUUUCCUACGGCGCAGUUUACUUUUCUUACUUGUUUGAUAGAGCAAUUGCAGAGAAAAUCUGGAAGUCCCUUUUCCAAAACGAUCCUUGGAGUAGAGAAGCAGGAACAACUUAUAAAGAAGCAAUUCUCAAGUGGGGUGGAACUAGAGACCCAUGGCACUGUCUUGCCGAUGCGCUUUCAAACCAGGAGUUAUCCAAGGGCGACGAGAAAGCGAUGAGAAUCAUAGGAGGAGAAACCAAAGACUUGUAA